AUGGCUUCAAUCAACUUCAUACCUAAGAAAUCUUGGGGCUGGAAGAUCCGUGAUGCUGUUGGUGCUGUGGAAUCCACUUUGGGCCCUUAUUUGAAGAAAAUUUUCCCUUCAUUCAUUGCUGUUCAUUAUUUUUACAUCAUUAGUUGUGCAAUUAUUGGGUCCAUCUUGAUUUAUCCUGUUAAAACUGUCAAAUAUAUUGAUGCGUUGUUUCUUGCCUCGGGUGCUGCUACUCAAGCUGGGCUAAAUACUGUGGAUGUCAAUAAGUUAUCCCUCUACCAGCAAAUUGUCAUUUACAUAAUGUGUUGUUUAAGUACACCUAUUUUCAUUCAUGGCUCUUUAUGUUUUUUACGUCUUUAUUGGUUUGAACGUUAUUUUGAUGACAUUAGAGAGACUUCAAAAUUACAUUUCAAAAUGAGAAGAACUGCUACAAUGAUGGCUAGAACUCAAUCAAUGGAAAAUUCAAGAACUAUGGAAUCCGGUGUUCAAACUUUAGGGAAUAACAGAGCUAGGAAAUUAAGCAAGGCAUCAGCAAAGAAUAAUUCACAAAGCAACAACAUUACAGAACAAAGCAGCAGAACUUUUGUUGAACAUCAUUUUGAGAAUAAUAGCGUGGAACAUCUUUCAGAACCAAGUUCAGAUGAAGAAGUCCAACAACAACUCCCUCCAGAUCUAAGGCAUCCACAUGAUCCUAGUAUAAAUGAUGUUGAAGAUAUAAGUGAAUCUAAAACAACACCAAAUAUUAAAUUUGGAGACUUGCCAAAACCAAGAAAACAUGAAGUUGAACCUAGAGAUGUUUUCAUGUCAAUUUCAAUGUUGAGAAAUUCUCAACAAAAAGAUACAAAAGAUGAAGAAAAUGAAGGUCCCGCUUUAGUUAUCCAUGGUCCUGCUGAAAGGGAAAAACCAAUAAGGCAGAAUUCUGCAAUUCAAUUUGAUAUUCAAGAUAAGCCUUCAAGACAUCGCAGAAGAAAUCAUAAAAGAACACCCCGUCCAAGUUUAUCAAGCUUCAGACUUGGAAGUCAUCAUCGGGCCAGUAAUACAGCUGCUAAUGAUUCGAUCAAUGAGCAGCAUGACAUCGAUUCAAUCUUGGAUGAUAACACUUCACUCAAUACGAAUGAUGAUUCUCAUAAUUUGAAGAAAGUUCAAUCAAAUUUACAAUUACCUUCUUCUGAUCAAACUGGUGGUAAAAAAUUUGGUAAAAGGUCAAAUACUUUAGAUGUGGCAAAUCAUAAAUCUUCAUUAUUACAUAAAUCUCCAACUUUUGAGAGAAUGAUUAGACAGAAAUUGAAACCUAAAAAAAUUAGAAGAAGAUUUUCAUCAACUGCAAUUGAAGAUUCAUCUUUAAACUACUCAGAUUCUGAUACCGAAUCUGAUGAUGACUAUGAUCAAAAUUCAUUAUCAAGACAUAUGUCUACAAAUUACCUUUCUUGGAAUCCUCAAAUUGGUAGAAAUUCAACUUUUGUCAAUUUAUCAGAUCAACAAAAAGAAGAAUUGGGUGGUGUGGAAUAUAGAGCAAUCAAAUUAUUAAGUAAAAUUUUACUUUUUUAUUAUAUUGGGUUUCACAUUUUAAGUUUUUUGUUUUUAGUACCAUGGAUCCAUACAACAAAAACUUAUCAGGAACCUGUUACUUCAAGUGGUGUUACAUUAAGUUGGUGGGGAUUCUUUACAGCAAUGUCUGCUUUCAAUGAUUUGGGUUUCACUUUGACUCCAGAUAGUAUGAACUCCUUCAAUACUUCUAUUUUUGCAUUAUUGAUUUUAAGUUUCUUUAUUGUUAUUGGAAAUACUGGAUUCCCAAUCUUGUUAAGAUUUAUCAUUUGGGUGUUGUUUAAAUUCUCAAGAGACUUGUCAUUAUUUAAAGAAUCUUUAGGUUUUCUAUUGGAUCAUCCGCGUCGUUGUUUUACUUUAUUGUUCCCAUCUGCUCCAACAUGGUGGUUAUUAUUCAUUUUGGUUGUUUUGAAUGCUAUUGAUUUGAUUCUGUUUGUUAUUUUGGAUUUGAGUGCCUCUGUUGUAAAAUCAUUACCUGUUAAUAUUCGUGUUUUGGAUGGGUUCUUUCAAGCUAUAAGUACAAGAACUGCAGGUUUUGCAUGUAUUGAUCUUUCAAAAUUACACCCUGGUGUUCAAGUUAGUUAUUUGGUCAUGAUGUAUAUAUCCGUUUUACCAUUAGCUAUUUCCAUCAGAAGAACUAAUGUUUAUGAAGAGCAAUCUUUAGGUGUUUAUGCAGGUCAUCACGAACAACAACAGGAAGGUCAAGGUAAUAAUGAUGAUACUGAUCAUCAAAAUGCAACAUCAUUUAUUGGUGCGCAUCUGAGAAAACAAUUAUCAUUUGAUUUGUGGUUUGUCUUUAUGGGAUUAUUUAUUAUCUGUAUUGCUGAAGGUGAUCGAAUUAAAGAUCCCAAUUAUCCAGAAUUUUCAAUUUUCCAAGUUUUAUUUGAAGUUGUUAGUGCAUAUGGUACUGUUGGUUUAUCUUUAGGUUAUCCAAAUUCAACACCUUCAUUCUCUGGUCAAUUCAAUGUUGUUUCUAAAUUAGUUAUAAUUGCAAUGAUGAUUAGAGGAAGACACAGAGGUUUGCCAUAUUCAUUAGAUCGUGCUAUUAUUUUACCUUCAGAGAAGAUGGAAAUUAGAGAUAGAUAUCAAGAUUUACAUGCUGGUAAUCAUUUACAACGUGCAGAAACAAUGGGAAGUGUGGGUGAUCCUGUUCUUACUUUUUUCAAAAAUGCUGCUCCACAUAUUUUGAGAGAUCGCAUCAAAAGACCAUCAUUUCUUGGUGGGAGAUCUCAAUCUGUUAGAAGUACUAGAGACAACAGUUAUGUUUCAGGCUAUCAGGGAAAUACUUUUGAUAAUCAACAACCUGGUCAGUCAAAUAAUUCUGCCUAUCAUGAUCAUAACAACUCCAAUAAUGCACCAGGAUUCAAGGAUGUCCAUUUCAAUCAUCAAUACCCUUCAAAUGUUGAUGUAACUGAUGAUCUUGCUCCCCAUCAAGUUGAAAGUCACGAAUUGAAUGAUUUGGACUAUGCUCAUGUUGGGAAUAAUAGUCAUGUUGAAAGUGACGGUGAUGAUGAACAAGAUCAGUAUGAAGAUUCAGAGAAUGAUGAUGAUGAUGUUUACAGAGCUGAAACAUUUGGUGGUAAUGAAUUGCCUGAUUUAGGUUCAAGAAGAAAUUCAAACGUUACCUUAUAA